AGCACCAUGGCCCGCAGCUUCAUUUCCAUCGCGACGAUUCUCGUCCUCGCUAAUUUUAUUUUCAUCACCUCGGCGAUACCGAAGGCCCUACCUUCCUACGAUAUUUCAAAGCUUCGAGAUAUAAAAAUAGUAUUGACUGAAAUUGACAGCGCACAAGCAGAUCGAACGACGGUGUUCAACAAAGAGGUUCAGGGAUCUGGGUUCAUAGGAGAUUUGGAAGCUGGUGAGCGACGUUAUGACGAGAAAACAUAUGAGAGUACUUUUACAUUAGAAAAUUCGGACAACGCCGUAUUCUCUAAUACUUUAACCUUCCAUGUAAACGAGAUCGGGAUUUUCCAUUACUUGAGACUCACCAACGACGCUAACAGCUACCUAGUAGCGUGUGAAAGUUCGUAUACCUUGGGCUUUACUGAGGCCAAAGUUAAUGUCCGCGCCGUGCCACUGUCCUCUUCGACCUACACCGUUUUCGCAGCAAUCCAUUAAAAAUGCACUCAUAAAAAUGCACAGAAACGAUGACGUUGUUGGAAAUAAUGGAAGAAUGAAAAGAUAACAAUAAAAUUCUGCAGAUUCAAA